CAGCGGGCAGACAUCCGCGAGCCGUCAUAAACUGUGAGCACGCGGAGGGCUGGACACUUCGGAACGCGCGCUGAGAGACGAGAGGGGCGCUUGGGAAAGUGACCGAGAAGAAGAACAAGCGGAGGGAGAGAGAGAGGGGGGAGAGCGAGAGAGAGAGAGCGAGAGAGAGAGAGAGAGAGGGGCUAUCUCCCUCUCCCCAGCCAAGGUCUUCAAGGGAUCGCAUACAGCGUCUCACCACUGCAAUAGCAGGACCAUGUGCAGCAAAGCUACUUUAGCCCUACUCAUCUAUGGACUCAUAAUGCAUUACAGCGUCAGCUGCUCACCCGUGGGGCUUAGCUAUCCCAAUGUUAGACUUGACAAUGAGGUUUACGAUGAAGAUGGCAACUCGUUAACGCAGCUGGCAUUCAACAGGGACCAACUCGCCAUAAGGAGCCCAUCGCCUGCAGCCGACGACGUCUACACGUUAUACUACCCGCCAGAAAAAAGGACGGAGAGACAUGCAGACGGCAUGUUUAAUAAAGCCUACAGGAAGGCGCUGGGCCAGCUAUCAGCCAGGAAAUACCUCCACUCUCUGAUGGCCAAACGUGUAGGUGGGGGGAGCGCCACGGAGGACGACUCGGAGCCUCUGUCGAAGCGGCACUCGGACGGGAUCUUCACGGACAGCUACAGCCGCUACCGAAAGCAAAUGGCGGUGAAGAAAUACCUGGCAGCAGUCCUGGGGAAAAGCCUUGAAGACGUAGGUAUUCAGCAUAUCCUACCAGACAUAGACUUUGAUGCCCUCCCGGAUGGGGAUGAGUUUGAGGCAUUUUUGGGAGACUGGCUGAAACAGUUCUCUCCCGAGUUUCCGGCAUUGUGACGCAGGAGGCAGCUUGCGGCUGUGGUGCCUUGCUUCGACUUUAAAAUCGCCACGAUCACAGAUGGCUAUUUAGUGGCCCUACAAUGCUGCACAUCAUCAGCUUACAUUACCUUUGUUUUUGUUUUUGUUUUGUGUGGCACAAACAUUUGAUAGGAUCUUUAGUGGCAUCAGGCCAAAGCUUCAGCCAUUCCUGCCUGUGCUCCUUUAAUUUUUGCAGUUUGUUUUUAGAGCACUAGAGUUAGACUUUUGUGAAAGAUUCAGGCAAGGAUCAUAAUUUCCCAUUCUGCGUGAAACUUCAUAUGUAUCAUGUUGAAAGCGCCAAUAGCCUUACUAAACAUGAAGAUAAUCUUCAAACUAUAUAUUCUAUAUAUCUAUCUAUAUAUUUACUGUGUAGAAAAUGAAUAUUACAUAGUGAUCCGCAGGGGUCAAGUCUAUAAAUGUUUAAAAAAAGUGUUGUAAGAUUUGUAUGAAUAAAUUUUUGUA